CAUAAAAAUAGGCUGCGCCGUGAAUGUUGCGUACACACGGGGCUGUAGGGGGCGCUCUGAGCGGGGUGUUUGAAACCUGCUACGAUGGAACCGAAAAACAGAAGAAGAUCUUUCAGCGAGCAGUGCCAGAUGCUGGAGUUGUAGACUGCUUCAAUCACUGCACCCAGGCAGUAAUGUCUGGCUAUUUGCGUUCAAGUCUCCUCCUUUACACUGGCGGAAGACAUCUGACCAGUUUCUUUGCACCCAUUCACCAUGUUUUACCUGAUACACUGUGUAGAACCUGCUCGCUCCCUUUUCAAGCCCGGAGCUUCUCCUCCCGUGGUGGUCGAUCAGAUGGAAGCUCAGGACAGGAAGGAGAAAACACACUGCGUGCUCCAAGACAUGAAAUGGACUUCCAGCUGAGCCGGCUGCAGAUCAACACAGUUCUGCGUGCUAAUGAGCAAUCUGUUCGUAUUCCAGAGUUUGAUGGCCGUGGUGGUCCCAGUCCAGUGCUGAGGUUUGAAAGCAACCAGCUUUCAGCCAACACUCCGCUAGAGGACCGACGCAGCAGCGCCAGCUGCCUCCAAACUCGCGGCAUGCUUUUUGGCGUGUUUGAUGGACACGGCGGACAUGCGUGUGCUCAAGCAGUCAGCGAGCGUCUGCCUUACUACAUUGCUGUAUCCAUGAUGUCAGAGUCCGUCCUGGAGGAUCUAGAGGCCGCCAUGGAGACCUUACGACCCGUGCCGCCCAUUCUUCAGUGGUACAAGCACCAUAAUGACUACAACUACAGGGAAUCAGCAGCCCUCUAUGUAAAUCAUUUGCGUGUUUACUGGCAGGAGCUUCUGGCGAGUGAAGAACAUGGUGAUGGCAUGCGUCCCGCAGAUGCUCUCACCUAUGCGUUCCAACGACUGGAUUCGGAUCUUUCUCUCGAGGCACAGGUGCCACUCGCAAAUGAUCUGAUGCGGAGCACGGCCAUCCAGGCUGCCUUCGCUGGCUGCACGGCUUGUGUGGCUCACGUUGGACCAGAAGGUGUGCAUGUUGCAAAUGCAGGAGACUGUCGGGCGGUUUUGGGCAUUCAGGAGCAUGAUGGGAGCUGGAGUGCUUUGCCACUUACACAAGACCACAACGCUGCCAAUGUAGUCGAGGUGGAGCGGGUAUGGAGGCAGCACCCGGCUAGUGAACGGCAAACCAUAAUCGUAGACGACAGGCUGCUCGGGGUCCUGAUGCCACUUCGUGCAUUUGGAGACGUUCGCUUCAAAUGGAGUCGUGAGCUCCAACAGAGUGUUCUGGAGAAUGGGGACUCUGAUUUAGAAGCGCUGAAUCUGUAUCAAUACGCUCCACCUAAUUAUCUCACCCCACCUUACUUGGAGGCAACACCAGAAGUCACCUACCACCGGCUUCGACCACAGGACCGCUUUUUGAUUUUGGCCUCUGAUGGUCUAUGGGAUGAGAUGACCAACAAUGAGGCGGUGAGGCUUGUGGCGGAACAUCUGACUGGUAUUCAUCUGCAAGCACCGGUUUCAGCCAGCCAGCUCAAUUUGGGACAAAUGCACCAGCUGCUGCUUAAGCGCCGGGCCAGAGCAACACCCGCUUUGGAUUUGAACGGAGCCACACAUUUGAUUCGCCAUGCACUGGGCACAAAUGAGUAUGGAGAGAUGGACCAGGAGAGACUGGCAACCAUGCUGGCUCUGCCUAGCGAUUUAGCACGCAUGUACCGAGAUGACAUCACUGUCACCGUGAUUUAUUUUAACCCAAACUUCAACAAAACUGUUAACUAAUAAAGAACAACAUUUUAAAGUUUCAUAUAUAAAAUGAUAUUUGAUAUUUGAUUUUGAUGAUUUUUUUAAAUGCAUUUUUUUAAGGUGUUUUUCUUGUCUCUUUCUUUAUGUUGUUGCAUACACUUUAGAUGGUUUCAUUACGUUUUAGAAAAUGUGAAUGCAACCAAGACUUCGGUGACUCACUUUAAAUGACACUUUAUGGGUUACAAAUGUGAAGGUAAAUUUUAAACACUUUAUGUAGUUCUGUCAGCAGCAGAUACAGCUAACAUGCAAAUCAAAAAGAUUCUUUAUAAUUAAGGCUGGUUAUUCGUCAGCCUCUUUUUAUUAUGUUGUUUUUUAAUACCUCGCACCUUUUAUGUCUCUGAUUGGUAUGAAACUGUUGUGAUUUGGCUGUUUUGUUGAAAUAGUUAAUGUCUACAUGGUUUGUCUAGGAUCUGUAUUAGUUUAAACUAUUGUUACAGCACUAGAAUUAGAAUAAUGAUAAUUGUACUUUUAAUUUAUUCUAUAGCUGUUAUAUAAGACGUUAAUUUUACUUGCGUAAGACGUUAAUUUUACUUGCAUUAAAUUUACAUUGUAGUGCAGCCUGAAGUUUACAUUAAUUUAGCACACUUGGUUCUUUCUGCUGUGCGUUAUAUUUUUUAACUAUGAAGGCAUUUUCACUUUGCACUUUGUAGUGACUGCAGGUUGUGUCAAAGUACUACAGUGAGUCACAACAGAAUUCUUGUCAAUGGUUAAACUGAUACUAUUUGUAGUGCAAAGUAUAAAGGUCAUAGAUGCCAGUUUUAUGGAAGGUUGUAUUAUACGUUACAUUAUACAUUAACGUUACAUCAACUUGCAAGUACGUUUCAAAAUAAUUUUGCUCUAGCAAAAUUAUCUGUUAUCUAUGUGGAUUUAUGAAGUAAAACUGGUGCACCACGUUUCCUAAUAGUGAACAAUGUUUUGCUUUUACAUUUAUGUUAUUUGUGUCUGAAUUGUUACUAUUUGUUCCGGUCUAAUGUGAGUGACAAACCUCAGAAACUCUCCUCUUUUGGAAAAUUGGGAGCAAGAUAAUAUAUUUUCACUGCAGAAUUUUGAAUUUUGUCUUUGUAUUUUUAUGAUGUCUAUUAUAAUCUAACUCUUUGGUUAUUAAAAGACUUUUAAUCCAA